UCCGGUUGUGGGGAGCUGUGGUGGGGCUUGGUGGGAGUCAUGGCGGAGAAUCACUGCGAGCUGUUGCAGCCGGCCCCAAGCGGCCACGGGGUGGGGUUGGGGGUUGGCUUGUGCCGCCGCUGCAGCGCAGGACUCGGCGCUCUAGUCCAGCGCCCCGGCAGCGUGUCCAAGUGGGUUCGGCUCAACGUCGGCGGCACCUACUUCCUCACUACCCGGCAGACGCUGUGCCGGGACCCGAAAUCUUUCCUGUACCGUUUGUGCCAGGCCGACCCCGACCUGGACUCGGACAAGGAUGAAACAGGUGCCUAUUUAAUCGACAGGGACCCCACCUAUUUUGGGCCUGUGCUGAACUACCUGAGACACGGAAAGCUGGUCAUUAACAAAGACCUUGCAGAGGAAGGAGUGUUAGAGGAAGCAGAAUUUUACAAUAUCACCUCACUAAUAAAACUUGUAAAGGAUAAAAUUAGAGAACGAGACAGCAAAACAUCACAGGUGCCGGUGAAGCACGUGUACCGUGUGCUUCAGUGUCAGGAGGAGGAGCUCACGCAGAUGGUGUCCACCAUGUCCGAUGGCUGGAAGUUUGAGCAGCUGGUCAGCAUCGGCUCUUCGUACAACUAUGGGAGUGAAGACCAGGCCGAGUUCCUUUGUGUGGUCUCCAAGGAGUUGCACAACUCCCCAUAUGGCAUGACCAGCGAGCCCAGCGAGAAAGCCAAGAUUUUACAAGAACGGGGUUCAAGGAUGUGAGGAGCACAGUUUUGACAGCCGAAGAAACAUUUUACUUUUCCCAAGAUGCAACGAACUGCCAUGUCGAGGAAGCUUGGCCAUGAGAAGAAACCUGCUUUUGACAAUUUCUCUAGAGAUCUGGGUGUGAAUCCUUUUUUGCCUCUGAGGUGGGUGGUGAGAGACAGAACCAGCUGUCUAAGACCGGGUGUCCCCACUAGGAGUUGGUGUGCUGGCUGGGUGGGCGUUCCUCUGGGAGCCUCCACUAGGUUUUCCAAGUGCCACACAGGCCUGAGUGCUCCUGACUGACACCUUUAAUCAGCGAAGAUCAUUUAAAGGACAGCGUUCUUGGUGCUACAUAAACAGCCUGGAAAAGAGCCCGGGCCUCACUGGUAGCAAGUGGCUGCCGUGCUGCUCUGGGCUCUAGAUAUCCGAUGGUCACCCACACUCCAUCUGGCCCUGGUCCUCCGGUCAGGGAGUCACUCCUGGGUGUGAUUGGCGGUUUCUCAUAGCCUUGGGCAGCUUUUGACAGAGGUGGCCUCCUCCCCAAGGCUGGGCCUCCUUCAGAGCCGUGCUCUCCCAUCCUGACCCAGCCUGGAACAGUUAAGGCUUCUCCAUUUGUAUUUUCCAGGCGAGAGACCUUUGCACCCCUUCUUUGCCUGUGUGGAUAGACUUCUAAUGUUUUUACUUUUUAGAAAUGCCUAAAAGUGUUGCUGCAUUUUGGAUUGAUCUAUUAAGUCAUUUAAAGGGAGGUAGAAAUUUUGUCACGUCCAUAUCGAACCCACGGGCUUAUAGGGGAGCUGGCGCCCGUCAGUCAGUGCCUUUGUCUCAUCUGGGAUGGAGGUCAGGGUGGGAGGCCUGUCCACCUGGCUUCUGGAGCUGAAACUCCGGGUCAUGUUGAAAAUUGGAUGUUUACAGCGCAUCACAAAUAUUUCUCUUUCUUGCCAGCUUUUUCAUUUUUUUUGUAUAACUAUGCAGUUCUCUCUGAAACUUCUGGGAUGUUUGAGACUUCACUCACAACCUACAUGGGCUUUGCCCACCUGACAUGACAUUGGAGCUACUAGAAUUUCUUUAAAACCCGCUAUCUGCAUGCUUUGAGAACAGACUUUUCUGAACUGGUUGUGGGGACUGUCAGAGUCUUGAGGACCUGGCUCAAAUCAGCAGCUUUCUGCUUCCUGACCUCGGGCCUCCGGGGGAGCUGUGCACACUGACACCGGGACUGCUGACACAUUGGGCGGAGGCUCUGACACGUCUAGUUUCAGAUGCCGCCAGAGCCCUUUUCUUUUUUGCCAAUAACCUGAUUAACCGAGUUCUCCAGCACCUAGGACUUACCUCCUCCUUUUUGUAAGGUCUGUUGUAUGUUGUUAAAUGUUUGGCUUUAACCGUUUAUAGCAACCUUUCUAUAGGGCACAUUUAGCCCCUGGUGACUUGUUCUCCCUGCCGAGCCCUGGGAAGAGGGCGGCCCUUGCUGGCCUUGAGGUGUACUUGUGGGGCACUGCUGGCUGCUUAGCGUCGUUAAAUUUGUGACCUUGACAUCAUAGAUAGGCUUGUGGUGUUUUUUUAAUUUAAAGAUAUUAAGACUUAAUUCACUAAAAUUUAUUCUAAAGGGAUAUUUAUACUUUUAUACUUUUUUAGGUAUCUGUAUUUUAUCAGCUUACAGUUUAAUGCCUAAGUUUCCCCUGAAAAUAGCAAAUAAAAUUGUGUAUUUAUGAAUGAGCAGA